AUUGUGUACGGGAAGAGGUUGCUGAUUGGUCUGAAGAAAGCACCAUAACUACAAGCAGUUUAUAUUCAUUCACAGUGCUCAAGUGGUAAAACUAUUUUUUUUCCUUCAGUCGCUCUACUGGGACGCCGUCAGAAGAGUCACAGGGUGCGUAUCUGAAAAAAAUGGACAACAAAGUUGAGAUUUUAAUCUGCUGGUGAUAUAUUGUGUUUGGAUGAUUUGAUUUUCUCAAACUCACGAUGUGAAAAUGGCAUGCGGCGACAGCGAGGUGAAAACUUUAUUAAAUUUUGUGAACCUGGCAUCGAGUGAUAUCAAGGCGGCAUUGGACAAAUCGGCCCCGUGUAGGCGAUCGGUGGACCACAGGAAAUAUUUGCAGAAACAACUGAAACGCUUUUCUCAGAAGUGCUCCAGGAUCCCCAGAUGCCACACGUCCAGGUCAGCGGAAUCAAACACUGCCAGGGCUCUGGAGGACAAGUCUGGUGUGUACGCCUUGGAGAAUGCAAAUCGGAACAUCAAUUUGGGACACUUGAGUGAAAAGUUCGGGUCGGAUCUGGGACGUGAAGAGCCAAUCAACCCAGAACAAAAAUUAAAAAACGAAAGGGACCACGCUAGACAAGAUCAGGUGCCUAUGAGGAAACGACAACUACCUGCGUCCUUCUGGGAAGAACCGAGAUCGGCCAAUAGCUUGGAGAAGCACGAGCCUUUCCAUUCUGUCUGGAAGAAAAAACAGGUUAUCAGCGACGGUGGACUCUCGGCCCACAGACCCGAGGAUCAGAAGAGAAAGAAGCGGUCCGAGUUGCUAAAGCCACAUUCAGCACUUGCUAUCCAACAGAGCGUAACUGAGAAGGAGCCAGUGACUUUGGAGAUGGCUUCCUUAACCAGUAGGAUGAACCUGUGUGGCUGCUGUCCAUUUCAGUACCACGGACAACACGUUUACCAAAGCCAUAUAGUCUUGCCACAGUCAGGGUUUUCUGACGUUGGACUUUGGGGAAAAGCUUCGACGUCGCCGACAGAGGCACACAUCUUCUCAAAAGACCCAAUAAUUGGACAAAAGGGCCACGCACAUGUCGUUUUGAAGCCAAUCCCAACAAAACCGAGUGUUCCUUCGCCAAUUUUCAGUGUUUUUGGAUUUGUUUAAAUUAAAAAGAGGAGCACAUACGGUAGGCUCAGAAACACAUGUUGUAAAUGGUCAUUGGAGUAAAGCGUCUUGUGAAUAAUGUGUAGUAUCACUUAGUAAUGUUAAUAUUUUUUUCAAAAAGCACAAGUAAAAAUAAUUGAAAACACUAGUUCUAAAAAGGCUUAAAUACAACGAAUGGUUACAAGAAUAAGCACUUUUAACAUUUGUACAUGUUAAGGAAAAAGACAAAAAAUAAGCCCAAAGUGUAUUCACUGACUGUGCAUACUUUGCAUUUACGGGUGAGAAGCAUGUGAACUUUUAUUUUUUUAAAGCAUUUUACUAAUACUUUCUAAACCUCAUCACCAGUGUGACAAGUACUGACUGUAUUAAUAUUCUCUGAUCAGAUGCAUGAGUUACUGAUAACUUUUUCAAUAAUGCCCUCUGAAUCCCAUCAAACCCAUAAAGCAUAUAUACAAUCACUACCAAACAACCGGGAUUUCAAUUCAUAGUGUGGCCUUUGUGGCAGCAUGAAGGAAAACAACUGAGGAACUGUAUUGCAUUAGAUUUCAAUUCAAUUAUAAAAAUAAGGGCAGGGAAGUUCUGAUUUAGAAAUAAACUUACCAAAUACACUGAUAUAAAUAUAUAUUUCCUGAGUAUUCUAGAACCACAUGGUUCCUUCUGUCUUUGUCUCAACCCAUGCUAUAAAUUGCACAGCAGAGGGCUAUAUAGACGCUUCAAAUUCAGCUAUGUUAGUGAAUACCAUAUCUCAGAUGUGUAGUUAUGUGUGACUCUAUGCUUAUGUUGGUACUGACACAUGCAUCCCUUGUAGAAUGUUAAAUAUGUGCAUAUAUCAUUGAAGUAAUAGGACAUUUGAAUUAAACUAAUUAAUUCGCAAUGGAGGGAUUGCUUGGAAGAAAACGUCAUUGAGUAUCUAUAAAACAAUACUGCAUUCACUCAAGUUAUACAGCAACAUUUUUUUAAAUGUCCUAAUUGGUCUUGUAAUGUAAAUUCCUAAAGCAAUUUCAAUAAAUUAGAUAUGCUUUCUAAAUGAAAUGGACAGAAGCCAUUUAUUUUCAUUUUGUAUGAUCUUUUUGAAGCAAUGUUGAUCUCAUUUUCAAAGGUAAAGGUCUUGAAUUGCUUUCCAAAUGUAAUAGAAUGUGAUCCUGCAAUUGGUUAAACUUAAGUGACCUCAAUAGGAAAAAGAAAACAGUAGCUUAUUAUUAAGUGACAGGCAUUACCAAGAAACGAAACGUGUCUCUAAAAUAUGUGAUGCAGUGCAUGUUAUGGAAAAUGUACUUACACUUUAGAAUAAUGAUCACAUAUUCUUAUAAAAUUCCAGUGGAAUAGCUGUUAUUCCUACAGUAUUCCACUCAAAUUAAUUCUACAUUUGUGGAUUUGUUAUACAUAUAACUCUUGGAGAAAUGCUUAAUAACUACAAAACAUAAAACAGUCAGCUUAUGAAACUCAGUAGGAAGCCAUGUGCAUUUACUGCCACUGUUUUAAAGUGAUAAUCACAGUAUAUCAACCCAUUUGAAAGUAUUAGCAAGAAACAAGAGGAAUUAGAGGUGCUACCAUGAUAAAUAGUUGCUUACAAUAUAUAACGCUUGAGAUCCAUAUGAGAAUAACUGGUUCUGAACUGUAGAUAACAAAACAAUGAUCAUUGAGUUGAAACAGUUACCACGCUGUUUUAGUUCAAAUUUAACACACAUUUUCUUCAGUAAUCAAAGCAACUAAAGGAUCAUUAAAAUAAACCUACAUUCCAAAGAAAUGACAGUUACAAUAGUGUGGCCACUAGGGGGAGUCUGCUUGCAUGUCCAACCACAAAUUAAAGAGAAUGUGAUACAAAAACACACGCAGAAAAAUCUCACUUCAGAAAAUCAACCUUCAGCCUUGUGUCUUUUUAAAAGCAAUAUUUGCUGGAAUAGUUUGUAAGCACAGCAAAUAACGAUCUAAGCAGAAACAAAAAAGAUAAUUAUACAGAACAUACACUGUUGAAUUAUAAACAGGUAAGGGAUUUAAAGAGAUACUCUUGUUUUUUGUACACAUUUAAUGUUUAUUUUGGAGGCACAUCAGAAUAACAUUCUGAAAUGAGACACAGAGCUCACCCUGGGUCAUGUCUGAUCCCUUCCCACGCUAACAGACAGUGAUAGCCUGGUGUCUGUGAAAUACGUCCUGCCAUUUCCCAUCCAUUUCUGUUUAGGUCAAUUAUAAAUAUUUACUGUGUACACUGUGUAUAUCUGCUAAUAAGUAGUAUUUUGUUUCAAGCUAACCCUCUUCACAUUUCAAAGAGGAAGGAGGAAAUAGAGCAUUAACUCGCCAGGAGUUUGUUUGUUUUUCUACUAUUGUAACUUAUACCAGACACGGAGGUUGGAACCUUUGCACUUUCCUGAAAGCGUGCCGUGGGAUCUGUAGUGUUAGUUGCGUUCUGGUUCAGAGGGGAGAUUUCUGCUCUGUCUUUCACUAGACUUCAGAAGCUGCUCUAUGGUUGUAGUUGUCUGCCAUAGAUAUAUGUAACAUAGGCUAGCUAGAUCACCCAAAGUGUCUUAAAAGAAUCCAUCUAGGGACCUGCUAGUUUGGGUGAAGUUUUCUUUUGGUUUUGAUGCCAGUACACUGCUGCACACUAGGUGAGUAAUUGCAUGAAGUACUCAUAUGAAGGUACAGUAAGAGAACAGUAAGAAAACAUCAUUUGAAGCUACUUACUCUUUUAUUGACAGCCCUCUGUUCUUUUUUUCAUCAGUAUGAGGUUUGACACUGCUGGAGAGACCAAUGUAUUUAUUUAUUUAAUUCAUU